AGGAAUUGGUAAUCACCUGUCAAGUGUCAACGUUUUGACAAUGUCAUUUUGUGUUUUGUGAUAGUAAAUAAAAUACAAAGUUAUUAACAUUAACCGUGACAAAAACUGGUCUUCAUGAUCUAAAUUGCGUUUAAAACCACUUAUAUUUUCAAAAAUGGGGUGCUGUUAUAGUUUUUUUUGCAAGGAUGAUGGUUCAUCUCAGCAUGGUGACCCGAACGAAAGGACCCAUCUCCUUGUGGAUCCCGUGUCAAACAACACAAACAUACAAAGAGUAAAUAGCGAGGACUUACUGUGUCACAACUCGAAAUCUGCCCCAAAAAAGACUGACGAACAAUCUGCACUGAAUAGGAUACUACAAGAAACGGCAACGAAUGUCAUAGAUGUGGCCGCUUUAGACUCACACAACUUGCAACAACACGAGUAUCUCGAUAGAAUGAAACAAUAUAAUAUUAAAGUGCAACAAGUUUGUGCAAGCAAAAAGAACAAAUUAACAAAUAGGCUUAAAACUUGCAUCCUGGAGGACAUCCCCUGGACGGAGAAAAUCCUGCAAUCUGAACCAAUCAGUGCAGACGACAGGAUUUUGAUAACUGAAGCUCUUGAGAAAGCAGCCAUUGCGAUUAAUGAUAUUAAAGUCGAGCAUAAGGAAGAUUUAGUUGUGCCUUUCCGUAUCCCAUGUUGAAUAAUUAUUGUGAAACUUGUGACUUGUCUUAUUUUUGUGUCAGACAUAUCAUUUUGCUUAUUUGGAGUCACAGUUUCUGAGAUAUGAUCAAACCCUUACUAUAUUUGUAUAUUAAUUUAGUGUUACAAUUACAAAUAAAUUUAUAUUGACUUGA